CUACGCCAACCGUCAAUACGAUUUUUUUGCCGAUAACAAUCUGAACUAAUUACUACUUCCCUUUUAUCAAAAUGAAUUUUCCAUUGAUAGAGUAAUAUCGUCUGUCAUUGAUUCAGUCGACUUUUAAAGAUUCUUUGGAUUCCACUUUUGUAUACCCAUCAACCAUUAUUCUCAAUUCACACUUUCAAGGAAAAUAUUUAAAGAGUGAAAGAAUACCCAGAAGCCAAUGACUACUGCUGAUGGAAGUGGAGCUCUGGCUCCGCCACCAAGGCUUGAGGGAAAAUAUAAAGCAUUGUUUGUUUGUUGGAUUCUUGGACUUGGGUCCCUUGUUGCUUGGAAUACUAUGCUGACCAUAGGAGAUUACUAUUAUAGUUUGUUUCCUGAGAGUUACCAUCCUUCAAGGGUACUGACUCUAGUCUACCAACCGUUUGCUCUGGGGACGAUGGGGUUACUAGCAUACAAUGAAUCAAAAGUUGAUACUAGAAAGAGGAACAUAGCUGGAUACAUUCUUUUCACUGCAAGUACUUUGAUGCUUUUGGUUCUGGACUUGGCCACAUCAGGCAAAGGGGGAAUUGGAUAUUUCCUUGGCAUAUGUGCUGUAGUCGCUGUUUUUGGACUUUCAGAUGCUCAUGUCCAAGGUGGAAUGGUUGGAGACUUGUCUUUCAUGUGCCCUGAAUUCAUCCAAUCCUUCCUUGCUGGGUUGGCUGCAGCAGGAGCACUGACCUCUGCUUUGAGGCUAAUCACAAAAGCAGCAUUUGAAAAGGCCAGUGAUGGGCUUCGAAAAGGAGUUAUGUUUUUUUUAGCAAUCGCCACUUUGGUGGAGCUUCUAUGUGUUAUAUUGUAUGCAUUUGUCUUCCCUAAACUGCCAAUAGUGAAGUAUUACCGUGCAAAAGCAGCCUCAGAAGGAUCAAAAACUGUUUCAGCUGAUCUUGCAGCAGCAGGAAUCCAAACCCAACAAGCUGACCCCAAACAAGUUGAACGAUUGAGCAACAAGGAACUGUUCUUACAAAAUAUUGAUUAUGCAAUUGACCUGUUUCUGAUAUAUGUACUGACCUUAUCAAUUUUCCCUGGAUUCAUAUAUGAAAAUACUGGUGAACACCAGUUGGGUUCUUGGUAUCCACUUGUUCUGAUUGCAAUGUACAAUAUUUUGGAUCUCAUUGCAAGAUACAUUCCCCUGGUGAAAUGCUUGAAAUUGGAGUCAAGAAAAGGCCUAAUGAUCGCAAUUCUGUCUCGUUUUCUACUGAUUCCUGCAUUCUACUUCACAGCAAAAUAUGCUGAUCAAGGAUGGAUGAUCAUGCUCACAUCUUUUCUGGGACUAACAAAUGGUUAUCUCACUGUGUGUGUCUUAACAGUGGCACCCAAAGGUUACAGGGGACCUGAGCAGAAUGCUCUGGGUAAUCUUCUUGUGGUGUUCUUGUUAGCUGGGAUAUUUGCAGGGGUUUCUCUUGAUUGGCUGUGGCUUAUUGGUAAUGGUUCAUUCUAAGAAGCCAUUUCUGAUGAAGUCUGCAUUAUAUUAAGUCAGCAAUAGUUUCACUUCCUAACAAUUUUCAAUAUGGAAAUACUUGUCUAGACUCUUUAGAUUUACUAAGGGCACAAUAAUCACAGUGGAUUUCACAUGAAAGUGAAAUCUCCAUGUUUGUAUUUUGAAUCAAUCAUAGAUCUUGUUUAGGCAAGAACUGUCGUUCUAGCUUAUUAGAAUUGAUUGUAAAUAUUUAUCAAAGGAUUGCAAGUCAAUUUCAUGUUUUGGCUA